AUGCCGGGCGUACAUACAUUUUACGACGGCUCCAAGUUACUUGCUCCACUUGUCCCAUACAUUGGUCUCGACAGUGAUAAGCUGAAUCUCUUGUGCUGUCAACUUAUAUCAAUCCCUAUCGCUUGUGCUUUUCGAAGAUAUCUUAAACCUCGUGCUGGAAGUAAUACGCUACGUCUUUUGAUUCCACCCUUGAUUGGCUUUGUAUUCUGUUAUUUUUGUUUUGGAAGAGCUGUUAAACAUAUCAUCGGCCUCAUCAGCUUCAGUUACCUUUUGCUUUUAUUUAGUCCAGUUCAAUAUGUCGGCCUGCUGGUGUUUACAUACGCGAUGGGGUAUCUGGUCUUCAUGCAUUGGUACCGCUGGAUUUUUCUUGGCAGCUAUCAACUAGAUAUCACUAUGGUAAUGGUGCAAAAAGUCACACUGCUAGCUUUUUCUCUUCAUGAUGGUCAUGCAAAAAAAGAUCUCAGUGAUACCCUGCGAAAAGAAUCUUUGAGUGAAGUGCCUUCUAUCCUUGCUUAUCUAAGCUAUCUGUUUAAAUUUCAAACUAUACUGGCCGGACCACUUAGCAUUUACACGGAUUAUAUUGAUUACAUAAAUGGCACUGGAGAACUAUAUGGAAAGGCCGUUCCCAGUCCAUUUUGGGCAGCAUUUAAAAAACUGUUGACGGCUUUUUGUUUUGGUGUCUUGAUUUAUCGUUACGCUGAUUUUUCUGAGCCCGAACAAAUAAUUUCGCCUGAGGCUUUUACUAUGCCGUUCUAUCAAUGGUUAGGGCUGUUUUGGUUUGUCAUUUUCAUGCAAAGAGCUCAAUAUUAUUACGUUUGGAUUUUUUCUGAUGCUAUAUGUAACUUGAGUGGUUUUGGCUUCAAUGGUUUCGCCGAAAAUGAACCAAAAUGGGAUAAAAUUACAAAUGUCGAUGCAUGGAAAGUUGAGACUGCACUCAGCUUCAAAGAUACUCUAGAUGGUUGGAACAUAACGACUAUGCAAUGGCUUAGGAGAGUUGCCUAUGAAAGAGUACCAAAAUACCGAACAGCAUCAGUUUAUCUACUCUCUGCUAUAUGGCACGGAUUUUUCCUGGGAUAUUAUCUUACUUUUGUAACUGGUGCACUGAUUACUUUGGGCGCUCGAACUGUUCGCCGAUGUGUUCGACAUCAUUUCAAAACGAACUUGUGGAAAUCCCGUUUAUACGACUUUACAACAUUUUUUGCAACUAAAUUCGCACUAAUGUACGCCACUUUUCCAUUUGUAACAAUGAAUCUCUCGCCAGGAAUGAUACUAUACAGAAGGCUAUAUUUUUGUAUACACAUUUUUUCUAUUUUUGCCAUUUUUUUACUUCCAAAAAUCUUGCCGCCGUUAAGAAGUGAACGCAUUACCAAGGAGAAAUGA